AUGGCAACCUCAAGGUUCAUUAAUAUUGAAAGAAGACUUCAACGAGAUGAACAGUUACGAGUGGAGUAUGUAAAAUUCAUGAAGGAGCACCUUGAUAUGGGACAUAUGCGAGAAGUGACGACCGAAGAAGAAUUGUUUAAGAAGGCAUACUAUUUACCACAUCAUCCGGUACUGAAAUCUUCGAGUCUUACAACCAAGACACGAGUAGUUUUCGAUGGUUCAGCAAGAACUACAUCCAGAUUAGCACUAAAUGAUGUACUCAUGCGUGGGCCUACAGUUCAAGAAGAUAUUUUCUCAAUUCUAGUUCGGUUUCGGAGACAUCAGUACGUAAUCACGGCUGAUAUCGAAAAAAUGUUUCGGCAGAUAAUGAUAACGCCAGAAUAUUGUCACUUACAAAGAAUACUUUGGCGUGCAAAUCCAAUUACGCUAGCUGAAGAAAUAGAAAAGGAGAAUCCGAAGGUGGCAGAAGUAAUAAACAGGGACUUCUACAUGGAUGAUCUUAUGACAGGUUGUGAUACGGUAGAAGAAUGUAUGCAGUUACAAAGGCAUAUAACCGUCAUUUUGGAAUCUGCAAGGCUACCAUUAAGAAAGUGGUGUUCGAAUUCACAUUUGAUCAUUGCCAACAUAAGUGAGAACCAUAAGUAUCCUCUCUUCGCUUUAAAUCUAGGUAACGAGGAUACUGUUAAGUCAUUAGGUCUAUGCUGGCAACCAGCACUUGAUCAGUUCAAGUUUAAUAUUUCGAUUCCUUUAGAUAGAGCAACACUGGCUAAGAGAAAGUUGCUAUCAGAACUGAAUAGGGUGUUUGAUCCAUUAGGAUUCUUGGGUCCCAUGCUCAUCAAAGGAAAGAUUUUUCUUCAACAUCUCUGGCAGCAAAAAAUUGAUUGGGAUGCACCACUACAAGCAGAUAUCCAAGAAAAGUGGAGAAGGUACUACUCUGGACUGGAGUUUCUUAAGGAGCUUUGUAUUCAUCGUAAGUGCAAGUUCCAAUCUGGUGACCAAUUUGAAGUGCAUGGUUUUUGUGAUGCGUCCAUAGAAGCAUACGGAGCUUGCAUAUACAUACGCAGUUCAGAUCAUCAAGGCAUAUGGCAAUCACGGUUGCUUUGUUCAAAAACCAGAGUAGCACCACUCAAGUCAACAACAAUUCCAAGACUAGAGCUAAGCGGGGCACUUCUCUUAGCUCAGCUAGCAGCUAAGGUAGCAGACUCUUGGAGCUAA